UAAUUGCAGCCAAAACGAGUCAAAAUUGGAGCGCGUCAGAGUAAACGUCACUGCCGCAACCUUCCAUCUGAACUUCAGCGUGCAAAAAGAACAAAGGCCGUCUCGAAAGUCAGUGAGCAUACUAUGAAAAGAUCGAGUUCAAUGUUGGACAUCAACGAGGACAGUCAACAUUCCACGAACAAAGCUCCACCACCGAAGAAGGCGCCAGAAGAUCGAUUUGAUAGUGCCAAUAUGAACGCUUCAGGAAGUCACGUCACCCUUGUCGAGAAUCUUCCAGUUGAGAAGGUUUCAAGUGGCGAACGCAUUGCCAUCCUCGACUUUGGAGCACAAUAUGGAAAAGUUAUUGAUCGACGUGUUCGCGAGCUUCUCGUACAAUCAGAGAUGUUUCCACUCAACACGACAGCUCGUACACUCAUCGAGCUUGGCGGAUUCAAGGGAAUCAUCAUUUCUGGUGGUCCCAACUCGGUAUUCGAACCAGAAGCCCCGUCAAUCGAUCCAGAAAUCUUCACUUGUGGAUUGCCAGUUCUUGGAAUUUGUUACGGAUUUCAGUUGAUGAAUAAGCUCAAUGGAGGAACUGUAACAAGAGAGCAUAUCAGAGAAGACGGAGCAUGUGAAAUUCAAGUCGAUACGAGCGUUCAUUUGUUCAAUGGACUUCACAAAACAGAAACUGUCUUGCUAACUCACGGAGACAGUGUAUCAGAGGCUACGGUGGCUCCAGACUUCAAAGUUAUGGCCAAAAGUGGCCAUCAUGUUGCUGGAAUUUGUAACGAGAACCGCAAGCUGUACGGUGUCCAGUUUCAUCCAGAAGUAGAUCUCACUACCAACGGCACGAAAAUGUUCGAGAAUUUCCUUUUCAAAGUUGUCGGAUGCUGUGGAAAUUUCACUAUUCAAAACCGUGAGCAAUCGUGUAUUUCGGAGAUCAAUAGCAUUGUCGGUGACAAGAAGGUACUCGUAAUGGUGUCUGGAGGUGUCGACUCGGCUGUUUGUGCUGCGUUGCUCCGUCGUGCUCUUGGACCAAAUCGGGUCACAGCAAUUCAUAUUGACAAUGGAUUCAUGCGUCAUGAGGAGAGUGAUGCUGUUGAGAAGAGUCUUGCGGCGCUUGAUCUUCCGAUUCACAGGUAUAACUUCGGCACAACGUUCCGUUCCAGUACAGAACACUGCAAGGAUGGAGAAGUUGCGUUGGAUGAGUGUGAUGAUCCGGAGAUGAAGAGAAAAAUCAUUGGAAAUACAUUUAUUCGCGUAAAAGAUGUGAUUAUGAAGGACUUGAAUAUCAAUCAUGAUGAAUAUUUCCUUGCACAAGGAACUCUCCGUCCAGAUUUAAUUGAAAGUGCAAGUGCUCUUGCUUCGGGACACGCGGACACUAUCAAAACUCAUCACAAUGACACAUUUUUGGUGCGAGAACUGAGAAAACUCGGAAAAGUUGUGGAGCCGCUGAAAGAUUUCCACAAAGAUGAAGUCAGAGAGCUUGGAAAAGAUCUUGGGUUGCCUGAAAGUAUUGUGCAGAGACAUCCAUUCCCAGGACCUGGUCUUGCGAUUCGCAUUCUUUGUGCAUCAGAUAAGAGGCCGGAGUUGAUGUUCAACGGUCCGAUGUAUAAUGGAGAUGUGCAAGGAAGAAUUAUCGAUGUUACUGAGCAGUUUUUAAAUUCUGCAAUUAAUCCAAGUCAAGGAAUUUAUGAACACCUGCAGUUCGAGCAGGCACGGAACAAUGUUCUACUAUCACUGUCUGAAAGAGAUCGCCAACUCGCCGAGCAACAAACCUUCCAAAUCAGUGCUCACAUUCUUCCAAUCAAAACAGUCGGUGUUCAAGGAGAUGCCAGAUCCUAUUCGUAUGCAGUUGCACUGUCCACCGAGCAACGACCAAUUCCAUGGAAACUCCUGUUCGCGUAUGCUUCAGUCAUCCCGAAGCUGUUCCACGGAGUCAAUCGAGUCGUCUACGCAUUUGGAUCAAAAAUCGAGUUUUCGAUCGAGGACCUGACGAGAACAUAUCUUGUACCACACAUUGUCACUAAACUUCAAAUGGCGGAUCACAUCGCCAAUAAUAUUCUAUUCGGACGUGUCGCUGCUUCGGAUGGUACGCAGCUGCCAAAUGUUGGGCACAAAAUUCAACAGAUGCCAGUCGUCCUUCUGCCUGUUGAUUUUGAUCGUGAUAGAGAUAUGAUUGGAUCAUACAGGCACUCGAUUGUUCUUCGUCCGUUUGUCACAUCGGACUUUAUGACUGGUCAGGCUGCGAUUCCAGGAGUUCACUUACCGGAAGAGACUCUUAUUGAAAUGGACAAGGCCAUCAGAACCAAUGUUCUUGGUAUCUCUCGUGUUCUUCUGGACAUGACCUGUAAGCCACCGGGCACCACCGAAUGGGAAUAAGCUUUUUCGGACUAAAUCGUCAUCACUGGCCUUUCUCUUAUCAUUUUAUGGACUGAUCUUCAUCCGAUGCGAAAUAAUAAUUUUCUCAGGUGUCUUUAUCAUUUCCGCUUCCCUCCAUUGUUCUCUUCCCAGUUUUACAGUUCAAUUCUUUCUCUAUUAGUUUUUAUAUCAUUUUCAUCUCUUAAAAGAAAGGUUUUUCAGGUAAUUGUUAAAUAGAUUAUUGUUGUAUCAUGUUGAUUUUGAUUCUUCGUUUUUUCUCAUCCCGGGUGCACUUUUCCAACGUCCUCUGUUCCCUCCCCAAUUUUUUUGCUCCGAUUUUAUGUGUUUUAAAGCGUUAAACGUCAGUUCCCAGUGCCGAGUUUUCAAAAGGUGUCCAUCGGUUUUUUUUUUAAAUUUUUUAUCUAGUGCUCAACGAUACCGAUGAACAUUUCCGAGCUUGGCGUGAAUCCCGAUAGAUUUGAUUGAUAUUCACGGUGCUGCUUUUCUUCUAAAUAUAAAUGGUUCUUGUUG